AUGUCUUCAGUUUGCGCUAGUUCUAUACCACAAGAUGCUGGAAAGGCAAUAUUGCAAGGUGUUUCUAGUCUUUUUUGGCGUUCUUUUUUAAUAGUUGCGACAGUUGUAGAGGUGCUACAAAUACUGUUUUGGCCAAUCGUGGCGAGUUGGUUGCCUAAAGCUACAGGAGCUCCUACUCCUGUUAGGACUUUAAUUCUUAGAAGAACUUUUUUGACUGCUGGUUCGAUCCUGAUUUUUUCUACGGUUUGUGCUCCAGUGGGACAGGAUAUGAAAAAAGCGGUGGCUUCGAGUACUUUGUUUCAAACGGGGUUUUCUAUGCUGACUCUGGGAGGCAAAGUUGGGAUAUUCAUUCAUAAUCUCAGAGGACAGCAGGAUUCUCAUGAGCACAGAGGCUUAGGAGGUGGUGUUUACUUUAUCCAGUUGCAGAUAUUGGUUACUUUAUUUUGUUUGUGUCGUCUGUAUUUAUUUGAAUCAGCUAUUGAUUAA